AGCCUCAGAGUCCUCUAUGGAGAGUACAGCUCAAACUCCACUGAAUCAUGAGGUGACACUUCAACCUCCAGUUGAGGAUCAAUCUCAUUAUAACUUUCCCAAUGUUGCAGUUAAACCUGUAGAUGUGGAGACUAUCAUAACCUCAGAGCCUGUUAAGGAGGCAGAAUCUUCUCAAGCCCAGCAGUAUGCCCCAACCCAGCCUCCAGAGCAGAUGGAACCCUUUGCAACCCAGGAGGAGACCUCAACUGAGCUUCCAGGUCCUCCUGUGGAGGCUAAAUCUUCCCCCAGUGAGCAUUUGCAGCCAGCUCAGCCUUCUGAGUCUUCUGGGGAGGUUGAAUCUUCUCCAGCCCAGCACGAGACCCCAGCUCAGCCUCCAGAACAUCAUGAAGUAACAGUUUCACCUGCAGGUCACUAUCAAGCUCAGCAUUCAGAUUUGCCCAAUGUCACUGUUAAGCCUCCAGUUAUGCAGCCCAUCAUAGCAACAGAGGCUAUUACAGAAAUGGGAACUUCUCUAAUCCACCAGGAGGCUACAGCUCAGCUCUCAGGGGCAGUUAAUGAUGUGGAACUUUCCAUGACCCAGCACGGGGGCCCAACUCUGCCUCCAUAGUCAUCAGAAGAUGACUUUACCAGUUCAACAGGAGACUUCAGUUCAAUCUCCGGCUAUUAAAGAUGAGAACCUCUCUCCAGCCCAGCAGAAGGCUGCUGCUGAGUAUCCACAGAUGCCUGAGGAGGUUGAGUCUUCUCCAACACAGCAAUAGACCCCAGUUCAGCCUUCAGAGAUCCCUAAUUAAGUUAUAGCUAAUCUCCAGUGCAUCAUGAGGUAACAGUUUCUCUAAGUCAUGAUCAAGUUCAACCUUCAACAUUGCACAAUGACACUGUGAAACCUGUGGAUCACAUGGUAACCAUGACUCCAGAGUUCACCUAACAGGUUGAAAUUUUAACCAAACACAGGGCCCCAGCUCAGUCCUCAAUGUCCCCUUAGCAGUUUCAGCAAGACAUGAUUAUUCAGCAGCUAAAUGCCCCUGAAAAUGAUGAACUUCCUCCAGUCCCUCAAGACCCCACAACUCAGUCUCCAACUCAGACUUUGUAAGGUCAUUGAAUGAUGAGAUGGUAUUUUCACCUCUAGAUCUAUCUUUAGUAUUCAGAAAUAAUUCAACCUUCCCUAAUACCACAUUUAAAAAUAUGGAUAUGGACCUCACCAUACCUACAGAAGUCACUAUGGAGGUUGAACCUUCCCCAGUCCAGCAGGACAAUCCUCCCAUUCCCACUGAGUAGGCUGACUUUUCUCAAACCCAGCAUGAUACUCCUUCCCCACCUCUGGAUUCUCCUGAAAAGAUUGAAUCUCCAUCACAGCAAGAGGCCACAGCUCAGACCCCAGAUUUCCCUAAAGGGGUGGAAUUUUCUCCAGUCUAGCAAGAGUCCCCAGCUGAGGCACCAGAGCUCCCUAAGGAGGUUGAACCAUCUGCAACCCAGCAGGAAGCCUCAGGUCAUCCUCCAAAGUCCACUGCAGAGGUCAGUCCACCAUAGCUGGAGAUACCAGCUCAGCCAUCAGCCACCUGAGAAGGUCAAACCAUCUUCAGUCCUACAGCAGGCCUCAACUCAGCUUUUAGAGCCAUCUGAAGAGGUAGAAUCCUCUCCAGUCCAGUAGACAGUGCCUGCUCAGUCUUCAGAGCCCCUUAUGGUGGUAGAAUCCUCUUCGACAGAGCAGAUGGCCCCAUCUUUGCCUCCAAAUUUCCCUCAGGAGGUGGAACCAUCUCUGACUCAGCAGGAGGUUCCAACUCAGACUCCAGAGCCCCCUAUGGAGAUAGAACCUUCUCCAGCUCAGCAGGAGACCACAGUUCAGGCUCCAGAGCCUCCUAAGGAGGCAGAACCUUCAAGUCAGCAGAUGGCCCCAGCUCAGCUUCCAGAGCCCCCUAAGGGGGUUGCAGCUUAACCUCUAAUGCAUUAUGAGAUGACAAUUCCAACA